AUGGCUGCAAGAAGUGGUCCCCAUGUUUUGGGUAAUGCAUGUGAUCUAACGUCAGUGGGUUACUACGAUAGAGUUUAUUGUGAAGCUGAAGCACCAUCAGCAGAAUCUUCAUUUAUGAUGGCUCUCAUUAAAAUUGGUGGUGUAUUGGUUAUGCCAUUGAAAGGGGCCCUCCUGAAAGUAACGAGGGAAGGUGAACUCUCGUGGAAAACAAUUCAAGUCGUUCAAGUAUCGAUACCACAUCUUGUUGUGUCAGAAAAAUGUAGCAGUAUGGAAGUUUUAAAGUUUUCUACUGUUCAACCAUUGAGUUUAAAUGAGUUAUGCAGAUCAAACAUUCGUGCAACCAUACGAGAUUGCUUGAAUGAAAGUCAUCCUGGCUUGCAAAUGUACAUUAAGUGUAAACCAAAUAUAAGUUUUGAUCAAAAAUCGUUAAAUGAGGCUCGCCGUGGAUUGGUGAGUUUACGGAGCGUUGUAGAUGUGAUUUCUAACCAGAAUACAUCAGAUCUGGAUUCAACAUCUGAGAAUGAGGCCAUUAGAGAAGAUAAAGAUGACGACAAUGGCGAUGAUGUUGAUGUUGAAGAAAAAAUUACAAGUGGACAGUGUGAUAAGAGUUUACUUAAAAAACUGCAUCAGAUACCAAAAGAAAAGCAUCAGAAGCUGGAUGUUCUUCUGAACAAAAUAAAACAUUGCCCGAAAAACCAGAAAAUACAAAAAGAAUGA